AUGCACAAGAAUGCCUCGCCAAUCAUCUCAGACGCUAGUCCCAUGUCUUCAACUUCAACUCAGGCUCCUAAAGUUCUCGCACCACCACAGAUAGCCUGUGGCUAUCACACCAAUAUGCCAUAUCUCCAGGGUUUCUUGAAAAGAACCCCAGCGGACGAGGUCGAACAAGGACUUGCAGUCCUGGCAGUCGUUGGCUGGUGGCUAGACCUUCCACUCGACCAGCGUCGUAGUGCCCCGCAACCCUACACACUUCUCCGAACGACCACGACGUUAUUCUCGUCACGCGAAUCGAGACUCUUAGAACACCGCAAGAUGUCGAGGAUAAACUCCAGGAACUGGUCGCAGACAGAGCCAAAUGCUCCAAGUUUAUUGAAGGCAUAUGCGCAGCGGAGGAGAAACAGGUUGAGUUUGAUAGGAUGCAGAUGUCGUUCGAGAUGA